GAAGGAUGGCAGAAGCAGUGUUGGUUGAUCUCUUUGAUUUGAAAGUGAGCUCUCAGGAAAACUAUCAGCAGAUUUUAACGAAGAUCUUGAAUGCCAACAAACACCACUAUGAUCCCAAGGCCAAAUUCCUUUGCAUAAUAUGUUGUACUGACAGCAUCAAUUGUGAAAAUGAUGACUACCAUGAUGACGAUAAACUAGAAACAAGCAACGGAUUCUCAACUCUUUUCAGAGAAUUUGAAAUUGUUACCAAUCCCAGCAUGGCUGCCUCUUUAUAUACCAUUAAACAAAAAAUUGAUGAAAAAAACCUGAACAGCAUUAAGGUAAUUGUAUCCAUCUACCGGAAGAUGUUAAUGAAGGCUUUUAUUGACCAACUUUUCACUGAUGUUUAUAAUUUUGAAUUUGAAGAUUUACAUAUGACUUUGAGUGGAGAUCUUUUGAAAGAGUCCACUGAAACAAGAAUGAUCACACCUCAAAAACUAGAAACAAUCCAGAAUGAAAUAGAAACAUAUUUGAGAAGCCUGCCCACUCUGAAAGGAGAAUUAACCAUUAUCAAGUCUCCUUUGAUCUCAGAUAUUUUCAUACAUGGAUUUACUACAAGGGCAGGUGGAAUAUCUUACAUACCAACACUCAGCUCCUUGAAUCUCUUUAGUAGUUCCAAACGGAGAGAUCCCAAGGCAGUUGUCCAAGAAAACCUACGAAGGUUGGGGAAUACUGCAGGAUUUAAUGCAGAGAAAUUUUACCGAAUCAAGACUGAUCAUGGCAAUGAUGUCUGGAUUAUGGGAAGAAAGGAGCCUGAUUCUUAUGAUGGAAUAAUCACAAAUCAAAGAGGAGUCACAAUAGCUGCUCUUGGUGCUGACUGCAUACCAAUGAUUUUUGCAGAUCCUGUCAAAAAAGCAUGUGGAGUUGCUCACUCAGGUUGGAAAGGUACUUUGUUAGGUAUUGCUAGGGCCACAGUGAAUGCUAUGAUAGCAGAAUAUGACUCUAGUUUGGAAGACAUUCUUGUCAUCCUGGGACCUUCAAUAGGACCUUGCUGUUUUACUCUUCGAAGGGAAUCAGCAGAAGCAUUUCAUAAUCUUAAUCCUGAAUGUGUACACCUACUUGACUCACCAAAUCCAUAUGUUAAUAUUCGUAAAGCAACCAGGAUUCUUCUAGAACAGAGAGGAAUUCUUCCACAGAAUAUCCAAGACCAGUAUCAAGAUCUCAGCCUCUGUACAUCCUGCCAUCCUGACAAGUUUUUCUCCCAUGUCCGAGAUGGCCUUAAUUUUGGUACACAGAUUGGCUUCAUAUCAAUUAGAGAAUGAGAUAUCCAGUGGAUUUUUAUAUACUUUUAAAUUUUCCUUCUAAACUGGCUGAAAGAGAGGAAGUUAG